AUGCGAUUAGAGGCUGACAGGUCAGAUCGCGAUCGUGUAGAUGAUGGGCCUAUGACAUACAAUGAAACGAUUCAAAUGAUUCAGGAGCUCUUGGAAUGUUGCAUACAUACCAUCUUAUGCGUUCGGCGCGUCUACCCCCAGCAAGUGUUUUUGCGGUGCAAGAUGUAUGAUACCCCGGUGUACCAAAGCCGUCACCCUGCACUUACAGAAUACAUCCAUCAUGCUGUACAAGCUGUGACCAAGGAAUUGGAUCAGUCAUCUCUACAAAGUGUCACCCUAGGCAUAUGUCAUGAUGAUGAUACGGUGGCCUCGCAUAUGCUAGAAAAAUACAUAUUUGUGUUAUCGUUUUUGUUGCCAGAGACAGAUCGGCGCGACAGAGAUUUGAUAAUCCGAGGCAACUUAUCACGUUCAUCGGCUAGCUUAGUGGCGCGCGCCUUUCUCCUGCAAUUGCUGACACUAGAUUCUCGCCUUACACCUAUCAACGAUACGAAUGCGUUGACUUUUCGGAUCAUGAUCAAUAUGCAGCCCGGCCAGGCACCACAGGGCGGAGUCGAUCUACCAUCCUAUGGCCCGUGGAUGCCUGCUGAAGGCACAGCAAUUCGCUUAAAUGACCAAGACGACGCUACGAUGCGGCUCUCAGAAACGAUCCAACGACCCGCACCCAUUCAGCCAUUGUUAUUGCAUCCGCUGCAAUCGCUAGAGUCUGGAGUGAUUAAUCUCUCGCUACAUGUGGAAGAACAACGAUCUGGGAAACAGAGAACAGGCGUGGCGAAGCCGUCAUGGAGCUCUCUACCGUCUGACCCGGAAGCUUCUGCAUCGCAGCGCGAUCUGGAUGACCCUCUCAUUCAUGAAGGCGUAUCACAAACGGGUAUCAAAAUGCGGAAACGGAAACUCUAUGCACAACCGCAGAAUGGUGGCGGGCCCAUGUCGGAUGACUCCAGUAUGGCGUCGUCGUCGUCGUCGUCGUCGUCACCUGAAAGUGAUAAUGACUUAUAA